AGACGAGAUUUUCCAAGAAAAACUUGCCCACUGGAUCACUUUCUAAAGAGAGAGACAGAUAGGGUCGGGCUUUGGGAAAAAGAAAAGCACGACAAGAUGGAGAGAAAGAACAUGGUCGUCGACGUCUCACCUUUCUUGUUCAUCGAAGCCACCGGCGACUCGGAGGAGGUUGACUCCGAUCCGGCCACAACGCGCGAUCCUGGCCUCACUAGCAGCACGGCAUACGACGGCAGUGAUGGCAACGGCGGCGGCGGCGAUGGUGGCCACGACGAGGACUCGGAAUCUUGUAGCAGCGAGUGGUCUUCUUACGAGCCCUAUAAUAACCACGAUGUCCGAGAUUUAGACUGCGGCGACACCAAAGCAUGUGACGGCGCAGACGAGAGCGAUCGGUGGCAGUGGAUUGGCAAAACAGGGAAAAAUGAACGUGUUAAGCAGCGACGGUGGCUGGAAGCCGAGGAGCCGUGUGUUUCGGAGGAAAUCAAUAGUUUUGACGACGACAAGGAGAUUAGCAAGAAGCCUAGUGGAAUCGUGUCAAGCGAAGUGCAUCUGAGUGAGAUGGAGAAGAGUAGGUUGUUUUGGGAGGCUUGCCUAGCAUCAUAACUUCGAUUUACCCAUUUUUCCCCUGACUGUCUCCUGGUAUUUGAUGUUCCUAUUUUUGUUUAGUAGGGUUUGAUUGUCUCCUAGUUUUUAUAGCUUGGAAUUGUGCAUGGGGACCAAUAUAGGAGCUUUUUCUGACGCUAUAAUAGCUUUCCUUGCUGGGAAAUACGUAUAGUUGACGGCUCUUGAUGUGGCAUAUCCUGUUUAAUCUUCCUUUAACGCUUAGUAAUUCUUUUUGCAUGUUUCUGCUAAGCAAGUGAGAAAUGCAAGGUGGAUUAUAUUCAAUUGUUUCACAAA